CAUAGCUCCAAAAGUCGGGAGAUACACCAAGUUAAGAGGUCCGCCUGGACACAUGCUUUUCAACUGGAUGGGAAGCGAAAUCGAGCGCCUCGUUGCUGUACCCAUUCAACUGCAAGACGUCCCGCCGAGACCUGACAUGGCCACAUCUACGGGCUCAGAGUCACAGCUCCAGAACAAAUACCAGAUUGUCGAAGCAGCCGCUGGAGGCUCGCCUCAGGAAAUGCAGGAAAGAAAGCAUCCAAAGCGCAAAGCUAACAGCGAAGAGCAUACCGACUCCUCUCCGCACCAGCAGCGGGCAAAAACAAAGCCCAGCGACGCAAAGGACGGGGUCAAUACCAAUCCUGCCACAUUUUCCAACCUCCCCUUGGAAUUGCAUCGACUGAUUUUUGAUCAAAUCAACUUCAUCGAAGACCUUGUUUGCCUCGGUCUGGCAAGCAAAUAUCUCUGGGCCAUUGCAAGGGAUCAUCUCCGCACACAUUACGCUUCAUUUUUGGGGCGUUGGGCUGCUCUGAGGAUAGUCUUUGUGGGAGAUGACGUUGAAACAGGGGACUAUCCUCCAGGAUUGUUCUCUGCAGAAGAGUUGGAUCAACUACCAACAACAAUUGACAUACCUUACAACUACGACGUCCCCGAUGUCACGUGGACGUCGGACGUCCCUAUGACGCUGUAUCACUUCACUCUUCCCCUCCUUGCCAGAAAGGAAAGAUUUCACACUCUGUCAGAAUUGUCGAUAGAUAUAUAUGCAGCAUGCAGAGAUCGGAACAAAUUCAGGUAUGAUCCUGCAUUCAAGUCGACAUAUCGGGACAUCAUUGCCGAAGAGGCAACCUACUUUCCACAAGACCAGCCAUGGAUUCUUCGGAACUUGACAGCGAGGGAAUUUGUCCGCUCGGAAGCCAUUGCUCUGAAACCAGAAUUCAUCCACGGUCCUUUCAUUGAUGGAUUUGGAUUUGGCCAAGUUAUCAUAUCGCGCAUCUGCUGGUCAACAGAUCCCUGCGACAGCAUUGACUGUCCCAUACCUAUUCACAGGGGAGUGUGGGCAGGACACGCGUUCGAGAUUAUAACUUUGGCACAACACAGAGCUGAAACCACAGAGAUAGAGUGGAGAGAUGUGAGCGAGGAAGUGGCAAAUGAGAUUGCGAUUAUAUGCGAGAGUAAAUAUGGACCCAAUUGGCACGAGGUCAUAUGCGAACGUUUCUUCGAUGGUGGAGAUGCGUCUCGAAAUAUUGUUGAUCCGCAUUUGACACUUUUCAAGAGGCCCAUUUAGAUAGAAGAAGGGGGGGUGCCAGUCAAAGAAGCCUUGUUAAAAAAGACCAGUCAAGAUGAUGAUGGGGGCAGGGUAUUAUUGAACACUUGUAUCAUUCCACAGCAUGAGGUAGAGAGGGCAUCAAUAGACAUACAUGUGCA